CAAGUAGCGCAUCUCUCUCCCUCCCUCUGUUCCUCCGUUCAGCGCGCGACUGAGCGUGUGGGGGCAGAGUGCAGGGCUCGCAGCUUUAAAUGAGUAUGUCGCGUGCCAGUGAAGAGAGAAUGUGUGUGUGUGUGGAUCAGGGUGGAAGGAGCGCUUCUAUAGAAGCACAUAGCCAGGAGGACGCUUUUUAAAAUAUAUUUCUCUCUCCACUGUCUUUUUAUCUCAUAGGCUACCACAUCUCCAAUCUCUCUGCCAGAGCAAGAAAAACACAAACUCUUCUGCUGGAGAAGGGUCAGGUCAGUCAGCAGGAUGUACCAGCAUGGUGGAGGUCAUGGAGGAGGUCCUCAGGAGGUGGCGCUAACAGACGAAGAGAAGGAGAUCAUCAACAGUGUUCUGGCUCGGGCUGAGACCAUGGAGGCCAUGGAGCAGGAGAGGAUCGGGCGUUUUGCCACUAGGUUGGACAGUAUGAAGAAGAUGGCGUGUGGAGAUGGUCAGUCUCGUUGUCUGCUGUGUGGAGAGACGUUUGGACAGCAGGGAGUCACCUCUGUACUCUGUUCCCACUGCAAGAAGCACAUGUGCAGUAAGUGUGGGAUUCAGAACAGCCGUUCGUCAUCUCCAGUGUGGGUCUGUAGGAUCUGCAGUGAACAUCAAGAGAUGUUGAAGCGUUCUGGAGCAUGGUUCUUUAAGGGCCAACCCCAGCAAGUCCUCCCUGCUCCCCUGCCCAUCUCUAGGCCCAGAGGGACAGGUACAGAGAGCCCCCGUACCCAGACCCCUACCCAUGCCCAUCACCCGCCCAGUGCCCAGCCCUAUUCCUGUACCCAGCCCAGCUACCAGCCAGACCCUGGUGCAGAAGACUACACAGAGCGACAGGAGCAGCAGGAUAACUACUACUCCAACAUACAAAGCCAAGCCCCUGCACCACAGAAGAGCAGAUACCCACAGCAGAGAGAGGAGAGAGUCAGGGAGGAGAAACCCACUCCUGCCCCCAAACCCAGCCCGGCACCACGCACAGGCCCCGCUCCCAACGAAGACAAUGACAACGAAUACGACUCUGAUGAAUCCACCACGCUGGGGUUGCUGGAGUUCAUUCUGCAUUAUGAACAGGGGAACAACACGCUGCACUGCAACAUAGUCAAAGCCAAGGGUUUAAAGCCGAUGGACUCUAACGGACUAGCAGACCCCUACGUCAAGCUGCACCUCUUACCUGGAGCCAGUAAGUCUAACAAGCUGCGUACUAAGACCCUGAAGGGCACUCUGAACCCAGUGUGGAAUGAGACUCUGGUGUACCAUGGUAUCACUGAUGACGACAUGCAGCGCAAAACACUACGGCUGUCGGUAAGUGAUAUGGACAAGUUUGGACACAAUGAGUUCAUAGGAGAGACGCGUGUUGCUCUGAAGAAACUCAAAGCCAACCAGAUGAAGAACUACAGUGUGUGUCUAGAGAGGGUGGUCCAGGUGAAGAAGGCAGGCACAGGAGGCUCAGCCCGGGGCAUGGCUCUCUACGAGGAGGAGGUAAAGGAGGAUGAAGCAGAGGAGAGGGGUCGUAUCCUGAUCUCUUUAACCUACAGCACCCAGAAGGGUCGUCUGAUAGUGGGAGUGGUGCGCUGUGCUCACCUGGCAGCUAUGGACUCUAAUGGAUACUCAGACCCCUUCGUCAAGAUCUGCCUGAAACCAGACAUGGGGAAGAAAGCCAAGAACAAGACCCAGAUCAAGAAGAAGACCCUCAACCCAGAGUUCAAUGAGGAGUUUAGCUAUGAGAUCAAACAUGGUGAGCUGGCCAAGAAGAGCCUGGAUAUCUCCGUUUGGGACUAUGACAUGGGAACAUCCAACGAUUUCAUUGGAGGAUGCCAGCUGGGCAUCACAGCCAAGGGGGAGUGUCUGAAGCACUGGUACGAAUGUCUCAAGAACAAAGACAAGAAGAUUGAGCGCUGGCACGUCCUCCUAAAUGACAACACCGUCAAAGACACAGACGACUGAGAGACGACCUCGUCCUCCUCCUCCCUUGUCUUCCUCCCAUUUCCUCCUCCUCCUCCCUCCUAAAUAGCGGUUUCUAAUUUCCUCUUAAAUAUAAUAUUUUGUCUUCCAAUUGUUUUUAAAUGUAUUUCAAUUGUAAAGUAUUUUUGUCUAAUGUUUUUUUUCGUUAUGUGUCGGAACCCAGGAAGACAAGCUGUCUCCAUUGGCGUCGGCAAAUGGGAUCCUAAUAAAAUCACAAACCAUAAUCUAGGUCUUCCUACUUUCAGUAAUGUGAACCUGAAUUAGCAGCAAAUUAAGGCUCUCACACUUUUUACAACUUCAUGCGUCUUGUGCAGACAGAAUGCUUAUUGGAUUCAUGUACUUAUCAACACAGUGUUUACAGUGAAACAAAAAGAAACUGCAACAGAAUAUCUCCCGUAUUUCAAGCAUGCUUUACUGCUUCUAGGGGAAAGGGAUCUCUUUCACUUAUCUCUAAAACCUGGAAACCGGAUUUCAAUAAACAGGGUGCUGAAGUAUGUUGUUAAACAAUGCGUUGUUACACCAUCCUUACCUAUCUCAGUCUCAACGCACGGAAUUCCCCUCCUCUCUUACCAUAGACAUUAUAUAGAUUACAUCAUAUAGAUUGCAUCAUUGUCUUUGACCCCCACCCUGGAUUUUGCUGUACAGUGUUAUGACGUGGUCAUAAUCUGCGUUCAAUACUUCAAUACUGUGAUGUUAUGACACAGUCAUACAGAUGUAGGAUCUUAAUUGUAUCACUCUUUUGUUGCUGAUAAUUUUUCUGCUAUGCAGUAGUGUAUUUGAGUUUUAAAAUGGCUUAUAAAGUUUGUAAUUUCCCCUUUGAAAUUUCAGACUUGAUUUGCUCUAAUGGAAAAUGUAUCAAUCUCUACAAAAUGUCCAUUAAUUAUAAUCCACAUAAUAAUUCACAUUUCCUGUUGCUGCAGGAUUAUUUUCCUGCUGUAGCAAAUUGACUCAAAUUAAAUUCCUACAUCUGUAAUCUGUUUUUUAUACUUCUAUACUGUGACUGCUUGGCACUAGUGUUUGUGCUGCCAAAGGAUAUGAUCUUCACUUGUGCUACUGUAUGUACAAACAGUUUGUUAAAAGGAGCAUGUGUUGGAUGUUACGGAACAUAUGUUGAUGUUAUUUAUGAAUGAAGAUAUUUACAUAGUAUUAGCUGUUUAGGUUGAUUACGUGUCAUGUGUUAUUGAAGCAUUAGCUCAUCUAAGAACCAUGGGAUAUCUUAGAAACGUGGAACGCUGAUGUUGAUCUCUUUUUUCGCUCCCUCUCACUUUCUCUCUCUCACACUUUCUCUCUCUCCCUCUCUCUCACUCGCUCUCUCUCAUAGAGCAAAGCGUUACUCCAAGCCUGCUGAAAAAAUGAUCAGACAAUGCUGUAGACAUGGGCAUAUUCCACUGCACUGCAUCUUCCUGUGACAGAUAACAAAUGCACACAAAAUACAUGCUGAGCGUGAGCCCUGUCUUGGUCAUAUGACGUGCAUUGACCUGUAGUAGGUUUGAUUGCUCGAAAUUAUCAAAUGUGAAAUGAUCUGUGAUAGCUUAUGUUAAAUGAUAAUGCAAAGUAAAAUUAAAUAUUCAACUUUAAGAUGUGUUGAUAUUUACUUUGAAUAAGAAUUGUAUUUUCAAGUGUAGUAUAAAGUUGUGGAUGUUUUGUAGAUACAUAUGUACACGUUAUGUAUUUGCCUUCUGCCACUGUUAUCAGUCUUGGGAGAAGCAUGCAAAUGGUUAAU